AUGGCCGUACUACCUUCCCUGAGUGAUGCAGUCACUGGUACUGCAAAUACAUCUGCUGAUUCGACCUCAGCAGCCACAAGUGCUGCUUCUUCAUCUGCGGAUGCUACUUCCGCUGCACCUACGUCUGCUUCCUCCGCAUCCCCAACGUCCACUCCUAGCUCAACCCCGACGUCAACUGCAGCUUCCACAUCUGCGUCAGCCGCAACCUCCGCCUCAGCUACGAGUGCCCCUGCCUCGAGUGCUCCUGCUUCUUCCGCUCCUUCUUCCAAUGGCUCUUCUUCAUCCAGUUCUACUUCCAGUACCUCGGAGAGCUCCAACUCUGGAAGCCCCAGCAAAGCUAGCCCAACAACAAUCAGCAGCACUCUCACUGCGGCAAUGACUACCUCUGUCCAGGCCACGGUCAUGUCAACUGGGUCUGAUGGUAAAGUCUACACAACGGUGAUUGAGACCGCGUCUGUUCUUUCUGCUGGUUCUAUUGUCACCUCGACUGCCUCCGCUGACGAUAACAGCGGUACGACCUCCUCUAAUACAGCUGAAAUCGUUGGGGGUGUCAUUGGUGGCGUUGGUGGUCUUCUCGUCAUCCUCGGUGUGCUCUUCUUCAUCCUGAAGAGACAGAGGCGAAAACGCCAACUCGAAGAGGCCUUUGACGGUAACUUUGAUCCAGAUCGUAUCGUAAACUCUGGUGGAUUCGGUGCCGGUGUUCGGGAUAGCAUGGCGAGUUCCAGUGACACGGCUGGAUACGCGUACGCGGGAGGCGAAAAAGCUAAAAGUAAGAAGGCCGCCAAAAGAGCGAGUAGAGGGGCGAAUAUGUUGGGUGAGGGUGAAGGGACCUUACCCGAUAUCCCUCUCGACGGAGGGUCGCCCCAUCGUCAUCCGGAAAUGCAGCAGCUAAUGUCAAUCGGCGCAACGUCUCGGAAUAAUCUACUUGAUGAAGAAGGCAUGGAUGACAAUACACCUAAUCCUAGUCCUUAUCAUAGUCCUCAUGCCAGUCCUUUCCACAACUCAUUCUCUUUACCCAAUACUGCCUCGUCUGAUGGACACGGCCUUGUUGGUGCGAUGACGAGUCCGCCACGGUCACCAGGUGGUCGACCGCUUUCGAUAUCCGCAUCGGCGUCACUUUCUGGUCAUGGACAUCCUGGUUAUGGGCCUGGCCCAGGAUAUUCAAGACCCCCCUCAUUCUACGGCAAUAACGCUUACGGUAUCUCCCCUCCAGGCUCGCCGCCUCCGCCUUCCCCGCAUAACGGAUACGUGAUUCCUCCUAUGCGUUCGCCUUCCCCCGGUGCUUCUUCCGCGUACGCAAUUGGUGCUUACCCAAAUAUGCCUGCGCAAAAUAGGAGGUACUCAAAUGGUCCAGACGUUGCAGGCGAGAUGGGUGCAAGGAGAUAUUCUACCGGACCUUCUAUCGGACCUGCUUUUCCAGCACAGGGAAGUAGUUUGGCUGUAAGGAAUCCCGACUCGGAAUCAUUCGCUUCGAUAUCUAGAAUCGCGGAAGGUCCAGAAGAAAUACCGCCCACAUACGAUAGCCUGAACUUGGGUCAUGGAUCGCGACCUGUGGAGAAGGCAUGA